UCAGUAAUCAAAUAGUCAAAGAAUGUAUGUUAAUUUAUUGAUUUUCAUUAUUAUUGCUUUUGGCAAGAACUCCAUCGCUGAUAAUAUGUCGUGUCUAGAGAUGAUUGAAAAUAAAUUUCAAUUUGGCGAAGAUUUUAGUGAAAACAUUCAAAAUCUUAUUACAGAAAAUUUAAAUGAUAAUCUUUCUUGCCGUUCUUUUAUUGAAUAUCUAAAUCUAAAAAUACUUGAAUCAACUCAUUCACGUUGGAAAGAAUUGGAUGGGCAAGAUAGACGAAAUAUAGCAUCACGUUUGUUGCCUUUACUUAAAUAUCAGAUUUUGAAUGAAACGAAUGAACCCAUAAAAUCUAUAAUUAAUGCUAUCAGAUUUGAAAAUAUUUUCGGGUCAACCGAAAUGGAUUGCGCACAACGAUUCGUAAAAACAUUUGGUCUAUCACAUUCAUUAUCAAAGAAUUUUAUUGAUCAUCUUAAUCUAUCGAAUUAUAAAGAAUGUCAGAAUUUAAUCAAAAUGACUAAUAAAUUUCUGUUCAAUCUUUUACAUUUGAUUAACAAGUCCGAAUGGUUUGAGCUAUCGAAUGAUAACAAAGAAUGGAUUCUUCAAUCCAUAUAUCCGAUUGCAUACGCUGGAUUUCAAAGAUCAGUAAGCCAGAUUCCUUUAUCAUCGAUGUUUGACAAUAUUCGAAAUUUGACACUUUUCGAUGAUAAUAUAUCACUUAAUGGAACUGAUAAAUCGCUAUCAAACAAAACAACCGAAAACUUAGAGAUAUCAAGCAAAAACUCAUCAAUGAAUUAUGUCUAUUUUCUGUUUGUCAUAUCCGUCACUAUAGGUUUAUUCUACUUGAUAAGAUAUAUAGGUUUGAUCCCACACUAUGAAAGAUAUUAA